CUACCGUUCCGUUGGAUAGGCGCCAUCAUCCGCCCCCCACACACACUCCACCCCUCCCGCGCUCCUCACUCCCGCACCGACAUUCCCCUCCGACACCAUGGACCGCGACCCCUCCGACGAGGACGACGACCUAGAGACCCUCGUCCCCCAGAACCACACCAAGCCCCCCUCCUCCUUCGGCGUCUCCGCCCUUCCCCACGCGCUCCCCUCCUCCGCCGCCUCCCUCGCCCGCGCCCUCUGGUCCCGCCGUUACCUCCUCCUCUUCGUCACCCUCCCACUCCUCUUCCUCAUCCUCUUUGUCUCACUUGGCGGUGCCUCCUCCCUCCGCCUCCCGGACUCCAUCCGCCUCCCCUCCGCCGCACCCGCCGCUGACCCCGCCGCCUCCCGCAUGCGCGAGGCCGAGCUGCACGCCCUCUACCUCCUCCGCUCCCAGCUCUCCGGCCUCCUCAGCCUCUUCAACGGCAGUGCCGCCACCAAUGGCUCCGCCUCCACCCCCGUCUCGCUCACCGAUCUCCAGUCCGCGCUUCAGAGCCAGAUCAAGAUCAACCGCGAGAUCCAGGCGGCGCUCCUCUCCGCGCACCGCUCUGGCACCGGCAAUGCGACGGAGGACGGCCUGGAUCUCGAUCUUCCUGUUGCCGGGUGCAGGAGGAGGGAAUUGCCGGCCAACCGGCGGACGAUUGAGUGGAACCCCAAGAAAGACCGAUUCCUGUUAGCCAUCUGCCUCUCUGGGCAAAUGUCGAACCACUUGAUUUGCUUGGAGAAACACAUGUUCAUGGCGGCGCUUCUGGGCCGGAUCUUGGUGGUGCCCAGCCAGAAGGUGGAUUACCAGUACGAUCGAGUGCUUGAUAUCAACCACGUUAAUGAUUGCGUUGGGAGGAAGGUUGUAAUCUCCUAUGAGGAGUUUGCAGAGAAGAGGAAGAAAGUGAGCAUUGAUCAGUUCAUAUGUUACGCCGCAUCGCCACCGUGUUUUCUUGAUGAGGAGCAUAUUAAGAGGUUGAAGGGAUUGGGGAUUUCGCUGGGCAAGAUUGAGGCAGCUUGGCCAGAGGAUGCAAAGCUGAAGGAGCCAAAGAAGAAAUAUGUGGGGGAUAUUAUGCCAAAGUUUUCAACAGAUGCCGAGGUCCUUGCCAUUGGUGACAUGUUCUAUGCUGUUGUCGAGGAUGAGUGGGUCAAUCAGCCUGGUGGUCCGUUAGCCCACAAAUGCAAGACUUUGAUCCAGCCAAGCAGGCUCAUAAUGCUCAGUGCUCAGCGCUUUGUCCAGACUUUCUUGGGAGGAAACUAUAUUGCUUUGCAUUUUCGAAGACAUGGAUUCCUUAAGUUCUGUAAUGUAAAGAAAGAGAGCUGCUUUUUCCCCAUCCCUCAGGCAGCAGAAUGCAUUCUGCGAAUCAUUCAGAAGGCUAAUGCCCCAGUGAUAUAUUUAUCUACUGAUGCUGCUGAGAGCGAGACAAAUCUUCUACAAUCCUUGGUUGUAUUCAAUGACAGGCAAGUCCCUCUAGUGAGGAGGCCAGAGCACCACAGUUCAGAGAAAUGGGAUGCCUUGUUAUACAGAAACCACAUGGGCGGAGAUAAUCAGGUCGAGGCCAUGCUUGACAAGACGAUUUGCGCCUUGUCGAACGUUUUCAUAGGAUCACCAGACUCCACCUUUACGGAGGACAUCUUCCGGCUGCGGAGGGGCUGGGGAUCGGCGUCACAUUGUGACGAGUACCUUUGCCAGGGUGGGCUACCCAACUACAUAGCAGAGCAAGAUUGAGAAAGCAACAUCCUAGGAAGUCAGUUUGCUGCCAAAAAAAAAACUCCUGCCCUGUCGAUAUAUUCUGUAAAUUGGCGUGUACACAUCUAGUGUGAAAGAGUGGUCCCUGUAUCGGUGCCCUCCAUUGAUUUGUUCGGUGCUAUUCUUUGUUAGGUAAUACAAAGAGCUUUGGGAGCUUUUUUUGUUGUUUGUGUAGUGUUUAGCCAUUGAAAUGACGCUGGUUCGGCGCCUUGGUGCAGUGUUAAUCAUUGUUUUGCAAGUGGGGCUUGGAUAUUUGGUA